CCCGCACAUUAAAACCAAGUUUAAACAUACAUACACAGUGAGAGUUUUCAUGGCAGCUCAUCAUUUUCCACUCCUCUUGCUUGUCAUCAUUUUCUCUUUCGGAAUAGAAAUUUCUGAAUCAGCUAGAAUUUUCACCAUCAUAAACAACUGCAAAGAGACAGUCUGGCCGGGAAUUACACCCGGCGAGAACUUCGACGGCGGAGGUUUCGUAUUAAAACCCGGCCAGUCCAUCGUCUUCACGGCUCCGGUCGGGUGGAGUGGUCGGAUAUGGGGUCGAACCGGUUGCAACUUCGACAAAAACGGAAACGGACCUUGCCAGACCGCAGCCUGCGGAAACUCGCUCAAGUGUUCAGCUUCAGGUAAACCUCCGGCGUCGCUCGCGGAGUUCACGCUGGCGGCUUUGGAUUUUUAUGACGUCAGUCUCGUCGACGGGUUCAAUCUGCCUAUGGUCGUUACACCGAUCAAUGGAAAAGGGAAUUGCAGCAUCGCCGGCUGCGAUAUGGAUUUGAGAACAACAUGUCCGAAGGAGCUGUCCGUGAAAACUAGAGGCAAGACGGUGGCCUGCCGGAGUGCCUGCGAUGUUUUCAACACCGACGAGUAUUGUUGCCGAGGGGUUUAUGGGAACCCUGUUACUUGUCAACCUACUUACUAUUCCAAGAAGUUCAAAGAAGCAUGUCCUACUGCUUAUAGUUAUGCUUAUGAUGAUCCCACUAGCAUUUUCACUUGCUCUGGCACCGAUUAUGUUGUCUCAUUUUGCUCAUCCAGGAAACAACCAGUGUGCACAUAUCAUAACCACAAACUUAUCUGCGGUGGAUCUAAAGGCUUAAAGCCUUUGAUAGGAAGAUGGUGGAUUUUGUUGGCCGUAACAUUAUUUAUGCGAAUUAUUUUUUAAAAUAUAUUUUCCUUUUUCUUUUGGUAUUUUUGAAGUUCAGAGGGUUAAAUUGCUUUUCAAUUGCUAAUAUUUAUAUCUCUUCGCUGUGGAAGUGUUCAUAUUGGUUGUAACAUAGCACAACACCAAAAACACCCAUAAAUUUGUUCAUUUUACUCUGUAAUUUUAUAUUUUCAUUCAUUCAAUACAAAAGCAAUAAAUAAUUUGAUUGAUUUAUUUGUUUAUCCAAUAAUAAAUAAUUAAUGUCUUAAUUUGCUAUUUUA